AUGGGGGUGGGUAUUUCACAAAGCUGCUGCCAGGGAGAGUCGCAGAGGGUUGUCUGCGACCUAGAUCACUCCUCGAGUCUGUCCCUCCUUUAUCUUGACAAAGAGAUCGAGGAUGACCUCACAUCAACAAGAGGAAGCAGCGAUGCUUCGAGCAGAGCGAGUCAUGCAGGUCAAACCGGGAAGCUCCGUGGUGUACCAGUCCUGCGAGUGCAGGCUGCGAUGCCGGUACUUGCUAAGGCAAGUGGCCUGGACAGGACUGGCAUCGAGGAGUUGCAGAAUGUUCUGAGAAGCCACGGGGUAGACACUACGAGCUGGGGCUCUCAUGGGACAAAAUCGAUCGAGCAUCUUUUUUGGGAACUCUUCAUCCAGCAUGGAAGCAUAUUGACUGGAAUUGGGACGACGAGGCUGAAGCGGGUCACUCGACUAUUGAAGUUGCGUCUGGUCGCAGACAUCGAUGGUGUGGAUCACGUCGUCUUGUCGCGACUGCAGUUCAUGCACGAUGGACAGCAGAUCCAGCGCCAACAGCUUCCCUUACGAAGGCUCGCCUGGAAGCUGCCGACAGACAGCCCCCUGUUGCCGUCCUGUGAAGCUAAUGUAUAUAAUGAGGACUACGAGUAUGUGGAGUCCUGGCGCAGCUGCUGUAUGUCUGUUCUGGAAGAGAGGCUUGGAAUUUCCAUGACAACUGCUCAGCAGCAACUUAAGGAAGUUGCCAAUACGUAUACCUACCAGAAUGACGACAACGUCGCGAGCGAGGGCUAUCCUGGGUUGACUACUCUGUACGGUGUGCACCAGGUCACGUUCAGAGUCGUAAAUCCAGACCACAGCAAGGUAGCGGGCAUUGGCCUACCCCUGGGGCAGGAGUUCGCUACAGCAGACGGCCACUUCAGCUUGGAGAGGUUUCACUGCAAAGAGCCCAUCCCCAUCGGUUCUCAGCUCAAUGUCUGGUUCUGGAUGCCGUGCACUGAAUUUGACAAGGCUUGUGCCGGGCAGAGUCUGCCACGCUCAGACUGCGGUGAGUCUCCCUCCAUCGGGCGCCUCGAGGCGGAGCUGACAUUCCUGAAGCGUGUUCCGGUGGCACCGGCCAUAUCCAAGACGGCAUCCAUGAAUCCAGGCGUCGCUGGCAAAGAAGCCAACAUGACCAAGAGAGGUGCUCCCAAUGCCCAUCUGCGUCGCAUCCUAGCGAAUAAGAGAACCGACUGGAAGACGGUGAGGAAGAUGGCGAACAGGAUAAUGGACAAAGACUAUACCCUAGCGCAGUUCACUCAGGACCUUGCAGCCUUCCCCGAACUGUCCCUAUACCUGCGGGAUGGAGUGGGGGAGACUGGAUCGGGUCGAACGACAGACGAUGAGUAUCAGCGCACCGUCUGUGCUUUCUUCGCCAUCUACUGGCUCAUGCGCCUGGACACAGAUGGCCGUCAGGGCUUCUGCUUCGGCACAGACAUCGACUGGAAUGUUCUGAAGGAAUCCGCACUGCAGGAGGGGCAGGUGGCGGUCCAAACACGGACCGUGUCCCCGGAGCUGCAACAACGCUUCUACAAGGUUGAUCGCCGCCUGGCAUUUUUCAACAAUGCCCAGUGGGGCUUCUUCCGCCGACUCAUGGUGGAUGCCGGCUUGUUGCAGGAGACGAGUGCUGGAUCAAGGACAGCCUACAAAGUGCAGGAGACGCGUAUGGGGCUCAGGGAGGCUUUGACCGCGAUCCAUGACAUCAUGAAGAUGGAGAACUUGCUGCCAACGGUACAGCAAGAGCACCACGGCUAUCAUGGCUAUGCAGCCGGUGACGUGAUCGGUGAUCACGACACCGCCUUGUGCUAUAUCCUGGACCACUACACGGAGUUGCUGCCCUCCUUCAAGGAGCUUGACCCGGCGGAGCGUCAGUCGGUGCAGUUCACACAGUGCAAUCUUUGCUUCAACCAUGGUUGGCUCGUGCAGGCAGAGGCCCCGCCAGGAGCCAUCUUCACGAAGUUUCGUGAAGCCAUCGCCAAGGAUCGGCGGCUACACGCCGGGGCGAGAGAUGUGGCUCUUUAUUUUGUACAUUGGCUUACCGACUUGGCCGGUGCUGAGCCAACACCGCUCGGCGGCUGUGAGAAGUUUGUGAUCAAGUUCCCUCUGCACGUGUUGAACAGCUUUCUGCAAUCUUUCAAGCUCAUCGAGGGCAUCACGUCUGCAACGGAGACGCAGGUCAUGGAGAGAUACCUCAAGUACCGGUGGACUGAUCACGUGCCCUCCCUGAAAGAGGCUCCAGAAGGUCCUCAUGCUAUCGCCGCCAUGCGCCUCCUCUGCAUGGCACAGGCGGCGGGCAAGCUUCUGUUUGAUGUGGGAGACGCAAGUAGCAUAGGCAGUGCUACCGAUUCUCGGAGGUUCGCCUCCCCUAGGAGCAAUGCUGCAGUGCACUACAGUAGUGCUCACAGACUCGGCCUCCAGCUCCAAAUUAUACAUUCAGCAAUUCCCGAAAGGUCCUGUGCAGGUGGAGCAGUUGGGUCUUUCUGCGAGCAAGAGUCGCGAGAUUCAGCCGGAGUGUCGAGGCAAAUGGGCGAACGGUGGUGGAUGCCUUCAACCUCGAGUUGCCACAGGAGGACAUCUUGGAAACGUUCGGGAGGAAUAUCGGAAGUCGGGACAUGUAGUUACAGUCCUCACCUUGCAGGGCUUGUGGCUUUGCAUAAUAUGUACACUUCAAACGUUGUGGGAGCUACCUGGUCUGCAGGCCCAGGCAAACUUCUAAACUCUGCUGGUGCAGGACAAGGAGGUCUUGAGUGUGGAAAUGGCACGAACGGGCUGUGCAGGCGCUUCCGUCCGAGAAGCAGCUGCAGCAGAGAGACCAGUAUCCAAAACCGAACCCUUUUCAUGUCAACCCCACACUCUGCUUCCACGGCGAGGCCAGUCCUUCACUCCAACCUUGGUGCCGAAGGAGGUCCUGUCGAAACCGGCUUGCGCCCGAAUUUCCACCCAUUUCCUGCGCGUGCGUGGAGGCGGUUGGAGCACAAGUGCUGUGUAGGUUGCACUGCAUGA